AUGAAGUCCGAGAACGAUGCAGCUGCGGAUGCCAAAUGUGCCAAGAAGAAGGAAGCAGUGCCAGUAAAGCAGUCUGCUCGUGCCACGGCAAACGACAAGCCGGCCCUCGUUAAAAUAGCCAAGUCAAGUGCCAAGUUGAUCCCCCGUUCUGUCACGCCGCCUGUUGCUGGUCCAUCGAUCCCCCGUUCUGUCACGCCACCUGUUGCUAGCCCGUCGAUUUCUGGUACCGUCAUGCUGCCUGUUGCUGGCCCGUCGAAUGAUCGCACUAUGGAUGCAAGGAGCGAGGCAGCAGAUGUAAUGAUGCUUCUUCAUCUGUCGUCGUGCAUAUCCCACGUAAAAAAUUGCAAUUGCUUUGUUAUCGAUCCUUAUACAUGCCCAUACAUGCCUGCCAUAUUCGGCGAAAUUCGUUACGCUGCCGCAAAGCUCAAACGCGGACGACAAUCAUCACCGUCCAUCGAGAUUCUCUCCGACAAAGAACACAAACCACCCGUCAAAAAAUUGAAAGUAGGCAUCAUGGUGAAACAGGAAGACUUAGUAACAGAUGUCCAAGCACGGACUCGGAGUGUUGUUGACGCAGCCUCACAGCCGAAGAAACAAAGUUCUAAUGCAGAUAUUGAUGAGCUCCCCAAUGUUAUUCGACAGCUGUCUCUGGUGCCGCAGACCCCACAACAGAACACUUCCACUGGCUCUUUUUCCACCACACCGGCUGGGUCACACUUCGGCACUACUGAUUUACUUUCGACGCAGUUUCGUUUUCCCGGCGUUCAACUUCGUCGUAUUGCCAUGCCGCCUGACUUUGUAGAGCCCCAACCAUCUGAUAUCAUCUUGCGUGGUAUCCGGGACCCUGAUAGCCCAUCUGCCCCCCCUCGUAUUAAUCCUUGGCUCGAAGAUUAUUUUAUUGGCGACGUGGAUAUCACCAUCUAA